UAGCUAAGCAACGUCCUAUCAUAUGUAGGUGGAGGCUACCGGUGUAGCUGAAAAUUGGGAAGAACCCAUUUCGGAGUUGAUCUCUUUUGUGUAGUUUUUAUUGGGUUUUAUAUGGGAAAGUAAACGCUUUUAUUCUACCAGCGGUUUUUUUUAAUGAAACUGUUGCGUGGGUUUGAAGUGAUUUAUGGAGUUUUUAAAGAUCUGGAAUCUGGGUUUGUCUGCAAGAAAUCAAAGAUUGGUUCUUUUGGGUUGGAGGUAAUUAAGGGCUAAUUACCAAUUUACCAUCGUUAAUAUUGAUCUUUGUGAUUAUGUUUUGAAUUUUGUUGGGGCUGGCAUACGAGUAUGAAAUUGAUUGUUUCUGGAUUUGAGGUGCUUGCUGUGUUCAUGGCCUGGAUUUGGUAUUGAAAUUGCUUUCAAAAUUGUUGCUUUCAGUUGAAUGUGUAGAUUUUGCGGUGGUUUUUAAUAUUCUGAGGGAAGAGGAAAGUUUUCAUUUUCAUUUUGGUUUUAGAUUUUUUUGAGAUUAAUGGAAAAAGAUAGAGGGGAAGGGAGAGGAAAUGAUGAUGGUUUUGGUCAAGUUGAUAUAGGAACUUGUGAAAAUCCAAAGCUCAAGUCUGGUAAUAUGGUGAGUUGUGAAGAAGAUGUGCAUGUUAUUGGAGAACAAGCAGAUUUAAGAUUGAGAAACAACGAUCUGAUGCAUUGUAAGAGUGGAAUUGGUGAACCAUUGAAUCAGGUUGAUCAAGGAAUUAGGGGCGAUUCAAGUAAUUCAGUUCAUGCUAAUGUGUUGGAGAAUGCUAUUGUAAUUGACUCUCAAGAAAAUUCAUGCAUGAGUAAGGAGAAUGGGGCUGUCAUGGUAAAAAGCUAUGAAGGGGGAUCAAGUGAGGCAUUGAUGGAAGCAAGACACGGAGUUAUGAUUCAGGACAGGCCUGUUGAGAGAGCAAUUAACGAGAUAACAGGCCAAGUUGAUAAGGGAAGUCAUGGCAGUUCGAAUAAUUCACCAAAUGAAUCUGUGGUUGAGAUGGUUAUUGUGAUUAACACACAAGAGGCAGUGUGUGCGGGUGGAGGAGUAUCAAAAGUGAAAGGCAAUGGACUUGGUUCAAGUAAAGUAUUGGUGGAAAAGCCAAAGUCAAAGAUUGCUGAAGCAGACAACUCUUGUGUGAUUGACAUAAAGGGUGGUGUCAGUGGUGGAAGAGGAUUUAGGGAGAAUUCUGAUGGGGAAAGGAUUUGUCGCAUUUGUCAUUUGAGUUCAGAUCAAUCACUGGAAUGUGCUGGUAGUACUUCAACUACUGCUACUGCUGCAACAGAUCUGAUGCAACUUGGCUGUGGUUGCAAAGAUGAGCUAGGAAUUGCACAUAUUCAUUGUGCUGAAGCAUGGUUUAAGUUAAAAGGAAACAGGCUGUGUGAAAUUUGUGGUGAGCAUGCCAAAAAUGUUACUGGUGUCGGAGAUAGCAGAUUUAUGGAAGAAUGGAAUGAACAAAGAUACACCCUUGGUGUUAGUAACUCACCAGAUAGAGGUGGGGGGUGUUGGCGAGGACAGCCAUUCUGUAACUUCCUGAUGGCUUGUCUGGUAAUAGCAUUUGUACUGCCAUGGUUCUUUCGUGUAAGUAUGUUCUAGUAGCGUGUGAAUCAGCCUUAACGUUUCUUCCGUGCAUCACCAUUUCAUGCCUGUUUCACACAGCUGGUGCAACAAUAGCAUUUGUGUACAUUUGAUGCAGUCAAUGAAGCUACUUAGAAGGCUGUUAUGUGGGGAAAAUGUCUGUUUAGACAUACUUUGAGUCAUCCUUCUUCAGCCUAAAGAGUAGACUUGAGGCUGCAGCUCUCAUAAGUUGCCAUCUCGAACAACUUCUAUUACUUUGUUGCAAUAGUUGUUACUGGUUUGAAUUAUUAUUUGGUUGCUCACCUUGUCAGCAUAUAUAGAGAUUAGAGGUUAGACCAGGAUUGAUCAGGCUACAUCAUGUUUUCACCUGUAUUGGAUCUAAAGUUGUCUCAGAACAUUUGGGAAUUCCCUUGCAGAUUCUGCCAAUACAUACUUUUACAUAACAAUAAAGAAAUCUUGGCACA